CAUCGGACAAUCCAGCUUCACUUUUCUAAGUUUUGAACAUUUCCUACUGUUCUUUCCUUUCACUCUAUCGUCUUUUCCAUCUAUCAGUAUCUCUGCCACCCACUCCCUCCCACCAACAACAGCUCCCUUUCGCACCACCUUCAAGAUGCAGUCCAAGGCCAUUUUCGUUUUCGCCCUGCCCGUCUUUGCGGCUCCUGCUCCCGUCAUGCAGCAGCCCGGGUCGGUUGAGCUCGCUACUCGAAGCGAGCCCGUGGCCGUGGCCGAAGCUCAGCUGGAAAAGCGGGAAAUCAUUACGGGCAUCGUGACCUCGAUCGCCAUUACGGUUGGCACCGACCUGGCCACCAGGGCCGCCAACGCCGGCAUCAAGCUCAUCAAGGACAUUUCCAACUGGACGUCAGCACGCGAAAAGUUUACCAAGGCGACGGUGGACGAAAUGUGGGCCAAGAACCCGGACCCGACGCAGUGGGUGGCCGCCAUCUGCAACAACGUCGGCUACAACCUCAAAAACCCCCAGGGCAUAACUGGCAAGGUCAGCGUCGACCUGAAGCAGGGCGCCCUCAAGACCAACUACGACUGCUUCUACAUGGCCAAGGGAAACACCUUUUCCAGCACUGGCGAUGGUGGCUACAUUAACCUCGCCACCAGGAACAACGCCGCCUGCAAGUUUACCAAGGGCAAGAACCCCAGCCUCGCCUGUUAAAUGGCGGACAGGGCUAUGUGGGUGCUAAAUGGCGGGUGAUGGAUUGGAGCUUGG